AUGGAGCUCUUUGUGGGCUCAGAGCACUCUGAAACAUAUCAGAAGUACAGGCCCACAUAUCCCCCCGCAAUGUAUGAUUUCAUUGCUGAAUACUGUAAGACUGGCACUGGUUCUUUGGGCUCAGCAGUGGAUGUUGGGUGUGGGACCGGCCUUAGCACCCUUCCCAUGUGCAAGUACUUCCAGAGUGUGAUUGGCACUGAUGUAAUCGAGACCCAGAUAAACACAGCACAGACAACACACAGACAAAGUAACUUAUCAUUCUGUACCAGUAAGGCCGAAUCCUUUGCAUUCCUGUCUGACUGUAGUGUGGACCUGGUUACCGUUGCCCAGGCAAUGCAUUGGAUAGAACAGGAACCUUUCUACAGAGAGGUAAAAAGAAUACUGCGCCCCGGAGGUAGUCUAGUGGUAUAUGGGUAUGGUAUCGGUACACUAGAUAACAGUGAUGCUGACAAGAUCAUAGAUAAGGCAAGUUUGACUGGAGAAGUCUACAUAGAUUCCCUUUUUCUGGUAUUCACCAACAUUUAUCAAGAACAAAGUUAG